GCAAAUAUACACAGAACAGCUUCUCUCCCCUACCCCGUUCCCCUUUUGCCUUCGCCGGGUGGAUCAGCGCGGAAGCUACUGACGAUGUCGUCCCUCAACUCGCUCUUCAAUCGAUCCUCCCCGUUCGGCACCAAAUGCAAAACAUGCUUGAAUUUGAUCAUUUCAAGGAUCAAGCUGCUGCGCAAUAGGAGAGAGAUGCAACUGAUAAAUAUGCGCAAAGAGAUGGUUCAGUAUCUUCAGACAGGCCAGGAAUCAAUCGCAAGGAUUCGAGUUGAGCACAUUAUUCGGGAGCAGAAUAUAUUGGCUGCCUAUGAGAUUGUGGAGCUUUUCUGUGAAUUUGUUCUUGCACGAGUCCCUAUUGUUGAGGUCCAAAAGGAAUGCCCCAUAGAAUUGCGAGAAGCAAUAGCUAGUAUAAUCUUUGCAUCAGGAAGAUGCUCAGACUUGCCUGAGCUAAUGCAUCUCCGUAAUUUGUUUACCACCAAGUAUGGGAAGGAGUUUGUUGCUGCUGCUAUGGAAUUGCGCCCUGACUGUGGCGUUAAUCGUACAAUAAUUGAGAAACUUUCAGUCAAGGCUCCAUCAGCUGAAUCAAAGUUGAAGGUUUUGAAAGCUAUUGCUCAUGAGUACAAUCUUGAUUGGGAUUCAUCUAAUACUGAAGCCGAGUUCAAUAAGAAAUACGAAGAUCUGCUGGAUGAUUCAGGGUCGUCAGUCCGGCAAGGACAAAUACCUAUAAUUGAGAGUUCUCCUGCUGCUUCUUCUGGAGAUAAGCCAUCGAUUCUACCUGUCGAGGACACAAGAAAACAUAAAACUCCCGAGUCCCCAAAGUCACCUGUUGUGAGCUCAAGAACAUAUGCUACCACCAAGAGUAAUGUGGCCAGUCAACAACAUCACCCCCCUACAGCGGAGAUAUCCUGCGCUGGACCAGGUUCGUCAGAUGUGUUGGAAAAGGCCCGAGCUGCCAUUGCUGCAGCCAACCGUGCCUCUGCUGCUGCCCGUGCAGCAGCAGAACUUGUCAAAGUUAGAGUUACUAGUCAGUGAUCUAUGCCUGCUGUUGAGGCACGAUUCUGACAACGGAUUGGAUGCCUCUAUCAAAAUAUUUCGUUUGCGUAACUGUAUUAUGUGUAUUCCUCUGUAAGUGCAUUAAUUGAGGAAUUCUGACUUUUGAGUUCUUUGAUUGAAAUGUACUGUAAUUUUUACACGCAUUAUGCACUCUAAAUCCUAUAGCAGUCAUA